UUACAGAUAAGUUAUCAUGCUUUCGGAAUAGCUUCUUUGCCUCGGAUUCAUUAAACCUUCCGUCGCCCUGGGCCUGGGCAGCAACGGCAGUGGAGAACUCGCAAUUAUUACCCCAGAUUCCAUCGCCGCGGCUCCUUGUUUUCUCAUACGAUCACGCAUUAAGAAUUGAAGACUUUGAAUCACGCAUUUGAUCAUGUCUACGACGGCUGUUUACUGUGCCCCACCUAACCCCAGGAAGCGGGCUUCGGUAGCUUGUAACGGAUGCCGGGUCAAGAGAACAAAGUGCGAUGGAAGUCAGCCAAGAUGUAGCGCAUGCUACGAUCGUCAACAGGACUGCGAAUAUACCCAAGCUGAAAGCAAUCGAAAACGGCAUACCAAUGCAUAUAUCAACGCGUUGGAAGCACGUGUCGCAAGCUUGGAGAAGCAACUCGCCCAGCGAAAUGGUGAUGUUGGGACACCAGAUUCUGCUAAGAACAGCAGCAACUGUGACCAUGAAGAAGUCGCUUUUGUGACUACCACCCAAGCUGCUCAGCCAGCCCUCAACAGCGCCACCAGCGAAGAAGAGAUGGAUGAUCUCGCAAAUGCUCUUGGCUGCUUUACUUUGGGCGAGAUUGGAGAGCUGCGCUAUUUUGGCGCAUCGAGCAACUUUUCCAUCAUCCACAAUCAUGCUAUCAAGGUACCAUCCUCGAUCCAAGCUAGGAAUCGGGGCAUAGAAGCCGCAAGUAACAUGCCAGACUUCAUCACACCCUCCGAUGAGCUACGCGAUCACCUACUGGAGAUUUUCUGGCGAUGGCAGAACUCUUGGCAGUAUAUCGUCCCAAGAGAGCUAUUUGUCCGCGACUUAUACGUUGAGAAGAAUGGGCGAUACUGUACACCUUUGCUCAUGGCGGCGAUUCUAGCGAUGUCAUCGCGGUACUCUCCAAGACUGGAGCUUCGAACAGACCCUGAUGACGCCAAUACGGCUGGUGAAGCAUUUGCAGCUCAGGCAAAGACUAUGCUUCAUUACGAGUGUGAAGCGCCCACGACAUCUACGGUUCAAGCAACAGCACUUUUGGGCCUGUACUGGGCGACUAUCGACAAUGAGGGUCUCGGAUUCAUGUACAUCGGUAUGGCGACAAGAAUGGCCAUGAACCUGGGGCUUCAUUGCGAUUGCUCGCCAUACGCUUCCAAAGGUCUAGUAUCAGAUGAUGAUGUCGAAGCGAGAAACGUUACAUUUUGGGGCGUCUAUGUCCUAGACAAGUUCUACUGCCUUGGUAUGGGCCGGCCUGCGAGUAUCCAAGAGUACAACAUCACAACGACCAAACCGAAAGGACUCGUCCAACACAGCCCGUUGCUAUCUGACCACCAACUCGAGAUAUCAACACCAUUUCCGACAAGCCAUAUUAUGGAGAACUCGAUGUACACUUGUGAGCUUUUGAUUGCUACCUCGGAAGUUAUCGACCAGCUAUAUGCCCAGAGAUAUGCAUGGACAGACAAAGAGAGAGAGGAUCGAGUUAUGAAAGCUCAUCUACAAGCUGUCGGGCUCUUUGACCGGCUGCCGAAAAGCCUGAAGAUCUCAAGUUCCAGUCUUCAGUGUUCGCCGCCAUACGUCUAUCAGUUCCAUCUGCAAUACCAUCAUGCAAUAUUAUUACUUCACAGACCAUUCUUUCAACUUCUCAACCCUGGCAAGAGCUCUAUUGCCUAUGACCCAGAAGGAGGGGAUAUUCACUCCAAGUCUUGCAGAGAUUCAGCUGUCAGGAUGGCUAGGAUCCUACAGAUCUUCAGGAAGAACUACACGACGCGGUGUAUGCCUGUCUCAGCAGUCCACCCAGCCUUCACUGCAGCAAUCAUCCAUCUUCUUCACAUUAAAUCAACAGGAAAUAACGGCAGAAGUGAGGCAAUGAGAUGCCUUUACAUAUGCGUUAAAUCUCUCUACGAGAUGAAUGUGAACUGGAAUUGGGCUAACCGGUCUAUUCGAGCGAUCUUGUCGCUGGCUAGGGAAUGGGAUAUUGACAUUUGGGCGCAUGGUCUCGCACAAGAGAUCAAUGAAGAGAGUAGGCGACAAUUUGAACGGUAUGAAAUGGACGAUUUGGUGGUUUUCCCUGAUCAGGGUUCGGAGAGUAGCUUUGAGCAUGUUUUUUCGCUGGACGAUAUCUUUGAGUCUUGGACGUACGAUCAGUGUUUUGGGGAGUCAUCUCUGGACUUUUUUGUUUAGUUUUAGGACUGUAAUAAGGCCUUCUUUAGGUAAUACUGGUCUGGCUUAUGUAGCUUAAUCCAUUUCUAGGAUAUCCACUAUCGUA